CCAUGGUAGCCAUUAAAACUGUUUUCGCCGCCAGCAUAGUUGCUGCGAAAGCUGUGAGGGCUAUUAGGUACCUAGAAGUACCCAAAGACAAUGCCGGGAAUGAUCGCACUGAUGUUACACCAGAAUCGCAAAAACAUACUUCAGGAAACAUUAAAGACCUAGAAACACACCAUGAAGAUGUGAGAAAUAUUCCAGGAUCGCAAAAAAAGCAAGGACUACAAGUACCUGGAGCUGCCGAAACAAGUGAUACUACCACGAAAGUACAAAAUGAGCCUAGCAGCGAUGGCACAACAGUGCCAAAUACAGGAACUGAUACGUCCAACUCCACCCUGGAAAAUUCCGUCAAAGAAACUAAUGCAGGCAUCAAUAGGACGAAAACACUCUAUGGAGCUAUCGCAGCGAACGCAGAUUCAACAUUUAAAGCACUAGGAUCAGCGGGAUACAGGAAAUAUGAUGCUACAAAUGCAAUAACUAAAUCUGGAGGCUAUUGGUGUAGCGAACCCAAUGUCCUACCAGAUGCAGUAGUCAGUUGGACAGGAGAGCUCAGAGGACCACGAGUACUCACGGGUGUGUCGAUAUUCUGGGUAUAUGCACCGCAAUAUGUGGCUGUACUGGCCAAGAGGUCACGUGAAGAUGAAUUUGAAGAGGUUGCACCAUUUCAAACUGUGGACCCAAGUGAAAUGACAUCAGUAAUACAAUUUAAACGUAAAGUUGAUGCGCAGUUCGUUAAGAUAGCAAUGAAAGGACAGAUUAACACUUAUUUUGGAAUUGACUUUGUUCAGUUCCACGGAGAACCGAAUCCGAUAUUUACUAUACAAGCAGGAAUUACCUCGAUAGAGGAUUUGUGUCUACAAGCGGAUGAAACAAAUGACGUUGUACUAGACUCCUGUAUAUCAGCAAUCGCAAGUUUUAAAUAUAAUGAUAUAUGGGCAUAUAAUGAAAAAAGGCAGUUAUAUAAUCCAGUGUCAAGACUGUGUAUGACACUGGAUUACAUGGUGGAUACCAGUGAAGCGAUAGUAGUUAUGCGAGAUUGUAGAAAGGAUGGAAUUAACUCAUGGGAUAUAUUGCCAAAUAACCAAAUUAAAGUUAGAAUGCCAGGUAACCUUUGCGUGUCACAAGCCGGUAGUAGCGCUGGAUUAGCAAAUGUGGCACUCAACAAAAUUGCAACAAGUAGUUUACCAAUGAAAAAUGAUAAGAGCCAUAACGCAGAAAGCGCAGUAGAUGGAAAUCUACAGUCAUACUGGGCUAGUGAAAGCUUUACAGCUGACAGCAUACCAGAUAAAGUGGAGUUCAUAGUUAACCUACAGGAACAAUAUAAAAUAAGGAAGCUUGAAAUUGAAUGGGAAGCACCAGCACUGACCUACAAUAUAUAUACUAAACUAGAAACAGAUUGGAUACUAGUCGAAAAGAUACAUGCCAGUACAUCAAGUAAAACGGUCAACGAUAUGCAUAAUGUAAAAGCUAGGGUAAUCAAGCUAGAAUUAAUCAAACCAAACCCUGAAUAUAUGAAUAAAAACGGACAAAUGCACUAUGGAAUCACAAGCUUUGCUGCAUAUAGCAAUAGAUUAAGGACUAUUGUGGAAUCAUGCGAAAGUGCAAAAAAAACAAAAGAUGCAAGAGAUAAGUACUUUUUACAAUCAGUAUUCGAAGUUGAUCUACACAGUGGAGAACCAUUGAUAGCAGCGGAAAAGGCAAUUGAUACACUAGUGGAUAAUAUAAGCAAUAAAAUAACACAAAUUGAAAACUUAUACAGUAAAAUGCAACAUUGUAAACGGACGCAAGUCAACGCCCUUAAAAGGGCACGUGAUCUAGAGCAUAUAUACGAAGAAGUAGCCAACAAGGUAUACAGAUUUGAGACGCAGUUGGAAUUAAGUUCAGAACCAAUGUUGGAUGAGCAUUUACCAGCGGAUUGUAUAGAGAUUAAAAACAGGGGUGAAAGCAGUCCUAGCGGCUUCUAUCAUGUAUACCCACCGUGCGCAACGCAUAGCAUUAGGGUAUACUGCGAUAUGUACACAGGAGCUUCAUACUUCUUAGCAGAAAUUGAAAGUGGAUGGAUAGGACUUGAGAGAGUAUACAAUACAUGUAGGAAAUAUGGGCUGGAACCGAUCCAUGUACAUCACAAGUCACAAAUUGAUUCCAUAUCCAUCAUGCUCAAAACCAUGGAUAUCAAAGAUGGGCUCUAUCCAAUAGCUGUUAAAGUAGGUAAAAGACUGAAAUCAUUGGACCUAGUUGAAGAUGUAACUGAUGCCAUUGGGACAAAAGAUAUACACGAUAAUAUAGCAGCCGUAGGUAUAGAAGGAUUGCAGUUGAUCGAUGGCACGAAAGUUGACAUGUCAGGAAUUAUAUGCUCCAGUAACUACUCAAGUAUCAGACUACCACCAGAUGUUGUCAAACUGGGAUGUAAAACGCGCAUUACGGAAGUGCCCAAACUAAAUGAAGCUGCACUGGGAGUGCCGAUACAAAUAAAAUGUCCACAGAACUGUUCACUAAACAGUGAUGAUCUAGAAUGCGAAGGAGGAAAUGAUGGGUUGUAUUCCAUAAGGACACCUAUAUGCAUAGCAGCAAUACACUCUGGAGAAUAUAGCAGAAAUGUGACCUUGGAGGUCAAAAAGGCAGCGGCACCAACGGAAUUCGAGGGGUUCUACCAAAACGGUAUAGAAAGCACUAGUGUGCCAUCAAUGGUUGGCGAUGUUGCAUUUACAGUGGAACGUAUCCAAGAUGAAUGUACAUACCAUAAAGUUGAACCCAAGGUCAACCGUAACCAAAAGAAAAGUAAACCGAGUGUCACAGUGAAGCCUAAAAGCAAAGUUAGUACACCAACGAGGCUGUUUAAUAACCCACUUAAAAUUGAUCCUGCAACAGGAGAUGCCAUAGGAGCCCUGGUUACACAAGUUAACCAAAAAAGUGGAAAGGCAGCACCAGUCUUCCUAGAACUGUUCCACCAUCAUACAUCAGAAACUAUUGCGGGAGCUAUACAGCACAUUAAACUAGCAGAUAUGCAAAGGCAGCCGAUUGAAGAAAUUAUGAACAAGCUUGAUGACGGAGUACAAAAUAUGGAAAAUAAAAUCAAGUGGCUUGCUGCUAGAGUGAUGUAUAAAAAGAAGCCGCUAAUAGAAGGAAUUAAGAAUAUGAAUAGAGAAAAUGCUAUCAACAGGUCUUACGAACCGUGGUCAGCCACAGCAGUGACACAAAGUAACCUCUUUGAGCAAUUUCGUGCCAUAACAGUAGGUGAUGUACAGGGAGUACCCAAGUGGACUGUGUCACAACUAUCACUUAAAGGAACUGCUGAAACGGUCAUAUCGCAAACAUCGGAAUUUGGAGUUAAAGGGCCACUGAGUGGAGCUAUGCUGUGCGUAUCGAAUGCACAGUACUACGAUUUCAUUUACUCAGGAGCUUUAUUCCCGGGAGGGAGUGGUACACUUGGAAUGGCUUUCAGAGUAGUGGACGAAGAUAACUACUACCUGUUCCAAAUGGUACAACUUAACGGAGGUUAUAAACGACUUAUACGCGUGGUAAAUGGAGAUCCAUACGAAAUUGCAAAGAUUGAAGAUGGAGGGUUUGUUGAUGGAGUAUGGUACACCAUCAGGAUAGAAGCUAGGCAGUGUAGAAUUGGAAUAGCUGUUAUACAAGGACUUGAGCCAGUCUUCGAUAUACCGAAUAACUCUAUAGACGUUAUUGACUGCACACAUACAAGUGGGAGUGUAGGUAUAUUCAGUGGGCAGAUUAACCUGGUGCACUUUGCCAAACUGCAUACGGAAACUUUACCCUGCCUAAGAUAUGACAAGCCGCCGCCACCACCCAAGCCUCCUAUAUGCAGUUUAUACAGAGAGACUUACGCCACGGGAAUAACGACUAACUGGAGAAUUGUAGCCAAUGGAGGACAGUGGAACUUCGAGGAAAAUGUUGGUGGUGAACCGAAGGUAAUGGCACAUAGACAGCAUCAAACAGUAGAUAACAACCCGGAACCUUCAAUGGCACUGCUUAAAGGAGGACGUAGCUGCAAGGCCGGAGUUUUUAGGACCGCCAUGUUCCCACAAUGCGAUCCUACUGGAGCUAUGGGAUUGCUAGUACAUUUUAUAGAUGGAGGGAAUUAUGUGUCCUUUGAAUGCACAGGAAGACAGUGUGCCAUCAUACAGAUGCACAAAGGAAUGAAGAACACAUUAGCAACUACUGAGCUCGCGAAGAUAAUAACAGGACAGUGGAAUUUCGCGGAAGUUGUAUUCAGAAAGGAUGCCGUCACAGCGUCCAUAGGAACACUAGAACCUGAGGCUAUAUUCAUCAAUACCGCGAUCAUAGAGGAAGUGGAACUUGGUGGAACUGUAGGAUUAUACAGCAUGGGUUGCGCAGGAUGUGCAUUCGCAGAAAUUGGGUUGAAACCAAACUACGCAGGCUCGACACAACCAAAUGUACAACAGAAAAAUGCAACUGAGGAGCAAUGCUUAGCCGUUGAUAGACUUGAGCAUUGUAAGAGCAUAGCACCAUCUAAAAUAGCAGCAUGUGAAGCGGAUUAUUGCGCAAUGUGCUGUGAGCAACAUCAUAUAGAUGCACCAACAGCACAGGAUAUAUGUUACCAAAGAUGUAGAGGACAGGAUCAUUUGGCCGUGCUAUUACAAACCACAGCAGAUACCUACUGGAGACAGUGUGCCCAAAAACUGGAUUCACAAAAUAACACGCAAAAUGCAGAAGCAAUCACUGAUUGCGAACUGUGCUGCGAAUCUACCAGGAUUAUACAAGGAGUCCCGAACAGUGUAAACCGUGCUGCAAAAACACGAUGUAAAACACUGUGUAACACCUGAAUUAUAUAACAUAGGGGACUAUGCUGUACACCGUAU